UGCCCGGCAGAAGUCCGGGCGCGCAACUUCGCAGAACCUCACUGCCCGUCCCUCCUCGCCUCAGUCUCCUCUGUCCUCUCCCAGGGAAGAGGACCGGCGGAAGCACCUCUCUCGAGUCUUAGGCUGCGGAACCUAAGACUCAGCGAGAGGAGCCCAGGAGGAGACAGACCUUUCCCCUCUUUUCCCAUCCCUUCUUCUUGCUCAGAGAGGCAAGCAAGGCGCGGAGCUGUAGAAAGUUCUUAAGUGGUCAGGAAGGUAGGUGCUUCGCUUUUUCUCCUCACAAGGAGGUGAGGCUGGCACCUCCGGGCCAGCUUCUCACCUCAUAGGGUGUACCUCUCCCGGCUCCAGCAGCCAAUGCGCUUUGGAGCCGCUCUCUGCAGAGCCAGAGGGCAGGUCGGCUUCUUGGUGUGCGCCUAAGAGGAUGGAUCGGAGGUCCCGGGCUCAUCAGUGGCGCCGAGCUCGCCAUAAUUACAACGACCUGUGCCCACCCAUAGGCCGCCGGGCAGCCACCGCGCUCCUCUGGCUCUCCUGCUCCAUCGCGCUCCUCCGCGCCCUUGCCACCUCCAACGCCCGUGCCCAGCAGCGCGCGGCUGCCCAGCAGCGCCGGAGCUUCCUUAACGCCCACCACCGCUCCGGCGCCCAGGUAUUCCCUGAGUCCCCCGAAUCGGAAUCUGACUACGAGCACGAGGAGGCAGACCUUGAUCUGUCCCUUCCCGAGUGCCUAGAGUACGAGGAAGAGUUCGACUACGAGACCGAGAGCGAGACCGAGUCCGAAAUCGAGUCCGAGACCGACUUCGAGACCGAGCCUGAGACCGCCCCCACCACUGAGCCCGAGACCGAGCCGGAAGACGAGCGCGGCCCGGUGGUGCCCAAGCACUCCACCUUCGGCCAGUCCCUCACCCAGCGCCUGCACGCUCUCAAGUUGCGAAGCCCCGACGCCUCCCCAAGUCGCGCGCCGCCCAGCACUCAGGAGCCCCAGAGCCCCAGCGAGGGGGAGGAGCUCAAGCCCGAGGACAAAGAUCCAAGGGCCCCCGAAGAGUCUGAGGAGCCCAAGAAGGAGAAGCAGCGGCGCCGCUGCAAGCCUAAGAAGCCCACCCGCCGUGACGCGUCCCCGGAGUCCCCUUCCAAAAAGGGACCCAUCCCCAUCCGGCGUCACUAAUGGAGGACGCCGUCCAGAUUCUCCUUGUUUUCAUGGAUUCAGGUGCUGGAGAAUCUGGUAAAAGCACCAUUGUGAAGCAGAUGAGGAUCCUGCAUGUUAAUGGGUUUAAUGGAGAGGGCGGCGAAGAGGACCCGCAGGCUGCAAGGAGCAACAGCGAUGGUGAGAAGGCAACCAAAGUGCAGGACAUCAAAAACAACCUGAAAGAGGCAAUCGAAACCAUUGUGGCCGCCAUGAGCAACCUGGUGCCCCCCGUGGAGCUGGCCAACCCUGAGAACCAGUUCAGAGUGGACUACAUUCUGAGUGUGAUGAACGUGCCUGACUUUGACUUCCCUCCCGAAUUCUACGAGCAUGCCAAGGCUCUGUGGGAGGACGAAGGAGUAC